AUGUCAUGGGAAAUGCAAUUAGAUCAAAGUUUAUUAGAAGAUUUAUAUCUAUGGAUUGAUAGUCUUUCUUUAUCCAGACCAAAACAAAGAAUUGAAAGAGACUUUUCUGAUGGUGUACUAGUUGCGGAAAUAGUUCAUUAUUAUUUACCAGAAUUUAUAGAUUUACAUAAUUAUACACCAGCAAACUCUUUGGGACAUAAAAGAUCAAAUUGGCAAACGUUAAAUAAAAAAUUUUUAUCAAAUUUAGGUCUUGAUUUAUCAGAUGUUAUAAUAAAUGGCCUUUCAAAUGGUAAACCAGGUCUUAUUGAAGUUCUUCUUUUUAAUUUAAGAUUAAAAAUAGAUGAACAAUUAGAAUUAAAAGAAAAAUCUCAACAACAAUCAUUACUAUCAUCUAUCGAUGAUAAAACAAAAUCUUAUGCAAAAGGAAAAUUGAUUAAUAAUUCAUUUAAACCUACCAAUAAAAAUAUUUCAAAUCUUAAUUAUGAAGAAAUAAAACAAGUUUAUUUUAAUCAAGAAGAACAGAUUGAAAUUCUUCAAGCAAAAGUUCGUCGACUUGAACAUGUUUUAAAAUUAAAAGAUAUUAGAAUUAAUCAAUUAUCAUCUUCUUGA